UGCCUCAUCAUUGGUGUCAGUGGGAGGAAUAGUGCCCCAUCAUUGGUGUCAGUGGGAGGAAUCGUGCCUCAUCAUUGGUGUCAGUGGGGAAUAGUGCCACAUCAUUGGUGUCAGUGGGAAGAAUCGUGCCCCAUCAUUGGUGUCAGUGGGAGGAAUAGUACCCCAUCAUUGGUUAUCAGUGGGAGGAAUAGUGCCCCAUCAUUGGUGUCAGUGGGAGGAAUAGUGCCCCAUAAUUGGUAUCACUGGGAGGAAUAGUGCCCCAUCGUUGGUGUCAGUGGGAGGAAUAG